UCUCUCUCUCUCUCUCUCUUAUUUGGACAAUCUCUGGCCAAACCGGUUCGAUUUUUUUUCCACCUCUUCCAACCGAUCCGACGCUGAAACGCUUCAAGGCGCCUCAAGCAGUGUAGUGACUGUCCUUCAUAUCCUCCGCAGCCGUCUGAUGCCCUUUAAGAAAAAAAAAAGGGUGGCGCCGGCUCACGGGUUAAAUGGCCUCUCCUAUCCCGGGAGCGAACUUUUUACGAAGCUCCUGGUCCGCCAGUGAGGAAGAGGAGAGGACCGGAGGGGCCGUGACGAUGACGGAAUCGUGCCGGGUGUGCGGCGAGCGGCUGCGGGGGAACCGUCGGCGCUGGAUCUUCGGCCAGGCGGGGUCGGUGGACCUGCGGGUGGUCCUGUCCCACGUGCUGGCGCGGGCGGUCCGCAGGGACGGGCGCGGCGAGUUCCUGUGCGGGAAGUGCGUCUUCGUGCUGGAGCGCGUUUACCGCUACGACGCGGUGCUGGCCCGGGUCCAGGCGCUGUCCAUCGAGAGAGUCCAGCGCCUCCUGACGGAGCGGGACAAGCUGUGCGGGGACGUGAGGCGCUCUUACCUCCGGCGCCACCCGCAGGGUUCCGAGCCCCCCUGGACCGGGCAGGAGACGGCGGCCGACAACGCCGAGCCCCCGCACGUGCCUUACAACCUCCUGCUCCAGGACGACAUGGCGCUCAGCUGCUUCGAGAGCUGGUCGGAGCGCGGCGAGGGGACGCCCCUCGGGCACCGGCCCUGCCGCCACCCGCUCUGUCGCGGCUGCCACGCCCUGCGCGUGCCCGACUCGGACUACGAGUCGGUGUGCAAGGUCCCGCGGCGUCUGGCCGGGGGACGGCGGACGCCCCCCUUCCCGCUGUCCCGGGAUAAGUCGCGGAGCAUGCCGCUGGACUGGCUGUUCAGUGGAGGAGGAGGGGGCGAGUGGGAUGCCUGGACGCCCCUCGCCUCCGAGCGCUCGCUCUUCCCGCUCAGCCGGAGUCUCUCCCUCAUCGCGUCUCGCCCGCUCCGCCCUCCGCCCGGCAGCAGAAUUCCGGUCCGUCUUCCCAGCGGGGCUUCCUCCCCCCGGGGGGCCGGGACCCCCACCCCAGGGCCGCAGCCCCCCGACCCCAGCGAGGACCUGGAGGAGCUCCGUGAGCAGAUGGCCGACAUGUACCUGCCCCUGAACAUGGAGAAGUUCUUGGCGAAGGAGAAAAGGUUUGAGGAGCUGGAGGUGAAGGUCGGACAGCUGAGCGGACGCCUCGAGGUGGCGAGGACCCAAAGCCGGACGAGGGACUGUGAGCGGGAGCCCCUUCCCCGAGAGCCAGGGGCCCCACCAGGCGACCCCGGGCCCCGGCGUGAAGGGAGGGCGAGAGUCCGUCUGCUCCAGGAGCUGCUCAACAAGGAACAGUUACUGCAGCUGUGUGUACAGGUGAUCACCAGACUGACUCGCGGAGACCGUUCCCCAGAGGCUGUGACCGAUGAUCUGGUGGAGAAGCUGCGAGAGAGGUUGAAGGAACGGGAAGCGGCACUGGAGAGAGCUGCUGAUGACAGGUUCGCUGCUCUGGAGGAGAAGGAGGCAGAGACUCGGAGGUUGCGGGCGGCGCUGAGGGACGUGGAGUGUGAUGUGAGCCGCCUCAGCCUGGUCCUCGCUCACAACCAGCAAAUGAUUAACCUGCUGAAUCAGACGCUGUCUCAGAAGACGUCUGUCCUGAGCCAGACCGAGACGCUGUGUAAGGCGGUGGCUCAGACGGCUCGGGAGGUGGACGGGAACCGGACGGCGGCCCUGAGGGAGAAGGACGCCAUUAUCGCCCGCCUGCAGGAGGCGCUGGAGAGCAGAGGCAGGGACGUGGCGGCACUGACAGACUCGGUGCUGGGUCGGGGUCUGAGCGGGGCACCUGACGUCUCGGACAGUCUGCGUGCGAGUCUGAAGGACAAGGAGAGUUUGCUGAGCCGGUGUCUGGAGGAGCAGAAACAGAGGAGCAACGAGCACCAGGCACAGGUGGAGGGGAUGCUCAACACCAUCGCACACAAGGAGCAGAGAAUCCAGAAGCUGACCGAGCUGUACAGUCAGACACAGGCUGCCCGUGAACAGGAAGCGCAGGCUCUAACACAGCGUCUGGCCGACAGGGAGCAGGAGAUGGAGGGUCGAGCCCGGGCCGAGUCCAUCACAGCCCAGGAGCGCCGUGCUGAGCGGGCGCAGCUCCAGGCAUUGCUGGACAACGAACACCAAACGGUUCUGGAUCUGUUGGACGCUUCGCAAGAGAAAGAUCGCCUCCUCUCCAGACUUCAGGAGCAGCUGCAAGACAACAUGAGGCUGAAACUGACCAUGAAGCAGACCCUUUGAGAUCGCUUGUGGGGGCUGCGUGAGGCCUGAGGCGGGGAGGAGGUGAGAUGGUGCCAAGAGUCAACUUAAAGACAGGGACCGAAGAGAGGGACAAUCAAAUGGAGUCGGGUCAGGCCAAAAUCCUCGAACGUCCAUUUGCGGAUCGACCGCUGACCUCCCAAUAACACUACCUCACUGCCGUUGAGGGAAUGCUCUGUGUUCUCUGUUGAUCCGGGUAAUCGUGAGAUAAUAAUCCUUGCAUUUGAUACAGCGC